UUAUUUUAGGGUUGCAGAUAGUUUUUAAUUUCCAUUUUAUCAUCACAUUUCUUUCUGUGUCCACUUUGUCCCUUAUUUUACUUCUUUAUUAGCCUCACCUCCUUUCCUUUCUUCUUCAUUUUCCCUUCUUUUUUUUUUUGUGUGUGUGGGUUUUUUGGAAGUGAAUUAAAAGAGAACAUAGUUCCCUGAUUUUGUCUUUUCCUUAACUAGAGAAGAUUCAUAGACACACAAAGAAAAUUUUUUUCAAAGGUGGUGUUUUUGCUUAAUAUGGGACGUGGAAAGAUAGCCAUCAAGAGGAUCGAGAACCAAACGACACGGCAAGUCACCUUUUCGAAGCGCCGAGCUGGGCUUUUGAAGAAGACUCACGAACUCUCCGUUCUCUGCGAUGCUCAAAUUGGCCUCAUCAUCUUCUCAAGCACCGGCAAGAUGUGCCAGUAUUGCACUCAACCUUAUAGAAUGGAGCAAAUCAUUGAAAGGUACCAGAAGGUCACUGGGACUCGCAUUCCUGAGCAUGACAAUCGGGAACAUUUGUACAAUGAAUUGGCAGUGUUGAGGAAAGAAACCCGUCUUCUUCAACUAAGCAUGAGACGCUACACCGGUGAGGACAUGAGCUCUAUACCCUACGAGGAGCUCGAUCAACUCGAACAAGAACUCGAACGCUCCGUCAACAAGGUCCGAGAGCGAAAGAAUGAGCUCUUGCAGCAACAGCUUGAUAAUCUACGUAGAAAGGAACGAAUGCUUGAGGAAGAAAACAACAACAUGUAUCGUUGGAUUCAAGAACACCGAGCGGCAAUCGAGUAUCAACAACAGGGAGGGCUAGAAGCUAAGCCAGUGGAGCAUCAUCAACAAGUUCUUGAUGAAUUCCCCUUCUACGGAGAGCCAAGCAGUGUGCUUCAGCUUGCAACCAUUCCUCAACAGUUCUCCUAUCAGCUUCAGCUUGCUCAGCCCAACCUUCAAGAUUCAAAUGUUUAGUUAUAUAUAUAAACCCUAAAGAUUAAAUAUGCUUGGUUUAAGGGUUUAGGGAAUUCAUAAGAGACAUAUUUAUUUUAGGAAGUGUGCUAUGAUUUCAUGUUUCUUAAGUUCAAACAUUCAACUGGAGAUUAAUAUCUGAAUUUCCUUUUCCCUUUUUAUAA